GAAGACCCCCAAAUCCCGGAAAAAAUAAAUAAUCAUAAAAGAAAAAAAAAAAAGCAUCAGCAACAGUGCCCACAAUAAAAAGCUGAAAAGAAAGAGAAAAACAAGAUCCACCUCGAACAUCUCUCCACCACCACCACCACCUCCACCACCUCCUCCUCCCUCCACCACUCUCAAUCAAAAUUCCCCUUCCAAAACAAAUCCAAUCAAUUCAAAUCAAAUCCCUGUCUCCUCCUUAAACCGUUAAAUUAAACAACAAUACUAAACACCGUUUCAAUUGAACAAAAAAUGAGGGAAGAGGAUUCCAAUUGGUUUUCGCGAUGGGAAGAGGAGUUUCCGUCUCCAGAAGAACUCAUGCCUCUAUCGCAAACCCUAAUUACUCCCGAUCUAGCCAUGGCCUUCGACAUCCGAAACCCUCACACCACCAACACCGCUCAGCAACAACACCACCAACACCAACAACAACCGCAACAACAACAACAACCUUCGAACCCUUCCUCGCUCCCCAACCCGCUACAGCAACAACAACAACAACAACAACCUACCUCCGCCGAGUUCGCCGACUCCGGCGAACUCGGCUCUGGCACCGCCGGCGAGGAGCCGGCGCGUACCCUAAAACGGCCCCGCCUCGUGUGGACCCCACAGCUCCACAAGCGCUUCGUUGACGCCGUCGCGCACCUCGGCAUCAAAAACGCCGUUCCCAAGACCAUAAUGCAGCUCAUGAGCGUCGAUGGUUUGACCCGCGAAAACGUCGCUAGUCACUUGCAGAAGUACCGUCUCUACCUGAAACGCAUGCAGGGGAUUUCCGCCGCCGGACCCGGUGGUCCAGGCGGCGGCGCCUCCGGCGCCGUGGCCGACCCCGCCACCGACCACUUGUUCGCCAGCUCCCCGGUUCCGGCGCAUUUCUUGCACCCGGCCGCGAGGCCGAAUUCGGAUCACUUCCUGCCGUUCGUGCCGGCGCUCCACCCCCAUCAGCAGCAGCAGCAGAUGGCGGCGGCGGCGCAGUACCACCGGCAGGUGGGGCAUUUCGGGUCCCCGCCGAACGGGCACUUCGAGAACCCGUUCAUGUCUAGGCCGAAUCUUCAGAGAAUGGGAGGUGGUGGUGGUGGAGGUCCUGUGCACAACAACCACCACCCUGUGAGUGGUUAUGUGGAGGACAUGGAGUCUGCUAAUGCUGCCUCUGGAGGUAGAAAGGUUCUUACUCUGUUUCCAACUGGAGAUGAUUGAUCAAUUGAUUCAAUUUGGGUUUCAUAUGAUGAUGAUGAUGGUAAUAGUAUAGUAUUGUGCUCUUUGUUCUUCUUCUGGUAUGUGUCACUGUCUCCUUGCUGUCUUGUGAAUGUGAAGUUCAUGUUUGGUCAGGGUCUUAGUUGGUAAUUUUGUGUUGUUUAGGGUUAUUGGUAUAUGUUGCUAAUUGGUGGUAUUGGAGUCUAGAGUUUUAAGUCUGCAGAUUCAAAAGCUACAGAAGUCAUGAUGGAUAAAGUUCUGGUUGGUGUAAUUAGUUAAUUAACUACCCUGUGGUUGUAACUGUCUGUUUGGAUAAACUUCUCUGUGGGCUUCUGGUGACUGACAUUCACCAUGAUGUCACUUUUGGGCUACAAUAGUAUUGUAAUUGUCUGUAAUUCCGGGUGGGAAUUGGCGGUUUCAUGGUGCUGGGGCUUCCUCUUGUUGUCUGGGGAUUGGUCAUGGCUGGAUGGAAUCUUGGGGGGUCACUGAUUGGGAGGUUUUGUGUCGGUAUUCAUGGAAGGAGUGGCUAAAGCCACCAAUUUGGUACUUGUGUCUGCAGGUGGUAAUAAACGUGGGUUACAGUUGGUAGAAACUAAUGGAGGCGUAUCUGAUUGGCAUGGUUGGUUGUGAAUUCUUCGCCUAAAUCUGGGAACCUCUAUUGCGAAAGACUUGUCUCCUUGUUGUCGAGUUUUUUGUCGUGUAGAGGUGAGUUGUACAUUGUUUGAUUCUAUAGGAGACUUUAAUGCCUGAUGUGAGGCAAUCGUUCGAAAUUCUAAUCUUACUCCGGUGUGGGGUCUAUAUGCUAGAUCAACUCAAGUAAACUAGUUUCUAUAAUUUCUAGGUUUACCCUGCUUAAAAAACAAAAAGUUCAUGUUUACUUAAUUGUGUAUUUCUUCUUUGACUAGAAUUUUCAGAUUAUAACAUGUACUGUGACUCCUUGGGAAUCUUAUUAUUUGAUGAUCAAUUUGCUCAUGACCUGUAUCUGAGCUAUGCUAUGUUUUGGAGGCAUAAAGGAUAAUGAUCUAACUGUUCACAUUGGCA